GAAGACGCUUUUGCUGUCGCACUCGCAAAAAGUUAAAACGACAGGCAAAUGGGUGCCUUCUACUGUUCGAUCUGCAUGAAAACUGAUUUUACAGGAAAAGGACACAUCUAUGGGAAAAGCCACCAGAGUAAACUGAAAGUCGUUCUUGUCAAAUUCCUGGAGAAGGUUAAAGAAGCACGGCGUAACAUCAAAUCUCCUCAAGUGGAGAAAUACAGCCCCGAUCAUGAUGUUAAAUUCUGGUGUUACUGUUGUGGGCUGGAGGUGCAGAGACAUGUGACGGACGGUAACAUCGCUGUUCUACACGGUGGACUGCUGGAGCACAUGAGCACCCCAGAGCACCGGACAAACACACACAAGUUCUGGUGGGAGAAUAAAGCAGACCCCAAACUCAGAGACAAGUUUAUUAUAGCAGAAGAUCAAACAGAGAGAUUUAAGUCAGAGGUUGCCAAGUCUCUUCAACAGUUUGAGGAAAAAAAGGAUGAGUUGAUUCAAGAGCAAGCUGCCGUGAUUCGAGCUCAGGAACAUCACAGACUGGAAGUCCUUCAGUCAUUAACAGAGCCUGAUCCAGCACUGGUACAGCAUGUUGAACCGGGCCGAGACAACAGUGAACACACUGCCAGUUGUUCUUAUGAAAUGGAACCACAGCCAGGGCCGAGCCAUGAAGAUCUCGCAUCACACAGUAAAUGGGGUGAAGCAGGACUUGGUUUAACCUUCAUUGGUUACCAGGAUUCUUCCAGCAGUGGAAAUAUUCACACAGGAGGUUUACCGCCAUGGUUGCUGGAGGAGUCGGAUGAGGCAUCUGGCAGCGGCCAGCAGGAAAUAGGCCCUUCACUUCAAGAGUUUCUUAAACGCAAGGAACAAGAGAAGCUCAAAAAACUUCCGCCUAACCGUGUCGGGGCAAACUUCGACCACAGCUCGCAUACAGACGCCAACUGGCUGCCAUCUUUUGGACGCGUGUGGAAUAGCGGCAGGCGUUGGCAGUCUAGGCAUCAGUUCAGAGAAGAGGAGGCAAACGCCAAGAGAAAGAGAAAGUGGAAAAAUGAUGCAAAAGCAAAGAAACCGAAAGACCUUACCAAUGGAGAUGUAUGAAACAUGUUUCAUGUAUGUACUGGCUGGCGAUUCAAUGGAACAGUAUAGUCCCACAUAUGUUACUAGAUCCAUGUGCUCUCUUUGUAGAUUGCAUUUAAAAUGUCUCCUUAAACAAGCUCGCCCACCCUCCAAGAAGGUGAGACUUUCUGAUUGUGUAUUUUCUCAUAUUGAGAAUAGCUUGAAAGCAGAAAAUUACUAUGUAAAAACAGGUACUUUGGCAUUUUCUGUCAUUAUAUGUUAGUUGUAGCAUUUUUUUGUUGUUAAUUUCGGACAAGAAAUGCACUACUUGUGUUUCCAGUUUAUUGAAUAAAUUUGCUACAGAUGAACUUGUGUAUUUAACUUUUUGGUCAUAUUCCGAAACAAAUCCUCUUCACAAUCCUCAAAAAGUAAAUGUGAUAAAAUUGAAGACACAAUGUGCAAUAUCAUCUUUCCAUUUUUAACAAUACAUCAUUUCAGUAAAAUGUAAUAUAAUCUUGUCUAUCAGAGCUAUUCAUGUUCUCAACGGAAAGCCAAGACCAUAUUAAUAAUGCUCAAUAAUAUAAUAAAAUACCUCAGACGUCUAGACAGAAUAAUAAAAAUACAGAUUACAUUAAUAUUAAAGAAUACCUUGCAGUCUUUUUUCUUUUUUUAGUAGUUUCUGUUAAAAUAAUAGUACAUGAACGCCUUAAAAAGCAAAGAUGAAAAAACGGGUCUCUGUAAAGAGAUGCAGUGUUGGUCAUAAUACAAUACAUUACAUUUAAAAUAGACCGUUGAGGGUCUUGAUCAAGUUUCUGCGAUGAAGCGUCUUCUACUCAACUUCAUUCUCAAAACCAAGAAAAUCCGAUAGACGGGUUGGCGCGAGCCACCAAACAGGGAUGGCGUGAGCCCAACCCAACGACAUUACAACAGGUCUGGUUUUCAGGCCAAAGCCAGAGAAAACAUUUUCAGUAGCUUCAUUAAAUAGAGAUAAGCGAAAAAGAAGGAGGAGAGAGACGAUGAUCAUCAGCCCAUCCUCAUCCAUUAUGAUGAUGAUGAUGUCACAAUACUAAAUACUAGCAUUACGCCCAUUUCAAAUGUCAUGUGCCUUCUUCAAAAAGCAUUUAACUUACUGUCAUAUUUAAUAGUAAAAUGACACGUUUCAGCCAAGCCUUUCGGUGCUUCCCUAAGAAACAUCUGAUUU